AUGCCGACGUCAACCACAACACCGACCAUGACCACAGUGACAACCAUGGCCACAACACCGACCAUGACCACAGUGCCAACCAUGGCCACAACACCAACUAUGACUUCAACGCUAACCACGAGAACAACACCAAGCAUACCUUCCCAGUCAACCAUGACUAUAGCACGCUCUUCAGGAGCCUGCAAUACAGUUCUGUACAUUGGUAUCCUGGAACAGCAACCUAUCCACAGUGUCGAUAUUUUGAUGACCCCAAUAAUGUACUCUAUGACAAUCUACCGGGAAGAUGGCAGGCCUGGCCUACAUGUGAAACAGAAAGAUGUCACACGAAUAUCCCUUAACUAUCCCACCAUUCACUGGUACCCCGGUACCAUUGUUUCUAUGCCUAUAUGUAGGUACUUUGAUGACUCAUUCAACACUGAGUUUGAUGAUACGCCCGGUAGAUGGCAGGCUUGGCCUACUUGCAACACAGAUACUGAAACAACUACAACGGCAAACACCAUGACCACAACGUCAACCUUGACCACAACACCAACCUUGACCACAACGCCAACCAUAACAACAGCGCCAACCUUGACCACAACAACCAUGACCCCAGUGCAAACCAUGACUACAACACAAGAAUUGACCACAACACCAACCAUGACCACAACAUCAACCGUGACCACAACACCAACCAUGACCACAACACCAACUAUGACCACAGCAACCACGACCACAGGAUCAACCGUGACUACAACAACAACCAUGACUAUAACGCCAACCAUGACUACAACACACACUUCAGGUCACUCUUCAGGUGAAUAUUAA